GAAUUAAUGACGUCAUACAUCUGCGCCGAGUUUUACCACGUGGGGACGUUUUUGCAGAGGUAGCAAAACAUCCGCAGUGACGCUUGCUUGUCUGUCAGUGAACACGAAGAAAACUUUUUACUUUCUUUUUCACAUUAAAUGAACCUCAAGAAAAAGCCGCAGAGGUUUUGCUAUCAGAGUCACUUUUUCUAGACCAUGCCCCACGACCCCGACCCUCCUCCGGCUAAAAAAUUCAAGCCGGGGUCAGUUCUUUUCCGUUUUGAUAAGAGUAAACCUGGAAUGCUGCUUCCUAGAAAGGGAAAUGCAACCACUCCGAUAGACGUCCAGAGGAAACACCUUCCAAUCUACCAGGCGAAACCUCAGCUGCUGACCCAACUGAGACAGCUUCACAAUGCUAUUCUGAUAGGUGAGACUGGUUCCGGGAAGACCACUCAGAUCCCACAGUAUCUGUACGAGGCUGGCAUCGGACGACAGGGCAUCAUUGCCAUCACUCAGCCCCGUCGGGUUGCUGCCAUCUCACUGGCAGGAAGGGUGGCAGAGGAGAAAAGGGCUCAGCUGGGCAAGCUGGUUGGUUACACAGUGCGCUUUGAGGAUGUCACCUCCUCUGAGACAAAGCUGAAGUUCAUGACGGAUGGCAUGCUACUGCGUGAGGCCAUCGGAGACCCCUUACUGCUGCGCUACACUGUGGUGGUCUUGGAUGAAGCUCACGAGCGCACCGUGCACACAGAUGUGCUGUUCGGCGUGGUUAAGACUGCUCAACGCCGGCGCAGAGAACUUAAUAAGAUUCCCCUGAAGGUCAUAGUGAUGUCGGCCACGAUGGAUGUAGAUUUGUUCUCUGAGUACUUCAACAAGUCACCUGUACUGUACCUGGAGGGGAGGCAGCAUCCCAUUCAGAUCUACUACACCAAGCAGCCCCAGUCAGACUACCUGCAGGCUGCACUCGUGUCUGUGUUCCAGAUCCAUCAGGAAGCCCCUCCAUCCCAUGAUAUCUUAGUCUUCAUGACGGGUCAGGAAGAAAUUGAGGCUCUGGCGAGGACUUGCCGGGACAUCGCCAAGCAUCUGCCUGAUGACUGUGGUCCCAUGGUAGUUAUCCCUUUGUACGCGUCGCUGCCCCCAGCACAGCAACUCAGGGUCUUCCAGCCAGCUCCCAAGGGUUGUAGGAAGGUUAUCCUCUCAACCAACAUUGCUGAGACGUCAGUUACAAUCUCUGGGAUCAAAUAUGUCAUAGAUACGGGGAUGGUGAAGGCCAAACGUUUCAACCCUGACAGCGGUUUGGAGGUGCUGGCAGUGCAGCGGGUUUCUAAGGCACAGGCAUGGCAGCGAGCGGGCCGGGCUGGCAGGGAGGACUCUGGCUCCUGCUAUCGUCUCUACACCGAGCAGGAAUUUGACAGCCUCAUCCCCAUGACUGUGCCUGAGAUCCAGCGGUGUAACUUAGCUGGUGUGAUGCUGCAGUUAAUGGCUCUGGGGAUUCCAGAUGUGAUGAAUUUUGAUUUCAUGUCCAAGCCCUCUCCAGAGGCCGUUCGUUCUGCUGUGGAGCAUUUAGAGCUGCUGGGAGCUGUAGAGAGGAAGGAAGGGCAGGUUUCCCUCACUCCUCUGGGAAAGAAAAUGGCAAGCUUCCCUCUGGAGCCGAGAUAUGCCAAGACCAUCCUGUUGUCCCCUGAUUACUCUUGUUCUGAGGAGAUUUUGAGCAUUGUGUCUGUGCUGUCAGUGGACACAGUACUGUAUAACCCUCCAGCCCGGCGGGAAGAGGUGCUCGCCGCACGCAAGAAGUUCAGCUCCAGCGAAGGAGACCACAUGACACUCCUCAACAUUUACAGAGCGUUCAAGAAAGUCAGUGGUAAUAAGGAGUGGUGUCGGGAGAACUUUGUCAACAGCAGGAACAUGGGUCUGGUGAAAGAGGUGCAGGCACAACUCAAAGAAAUCUGCCUUAAGCUGAAUAUGAAGCUGGAGUCAUGUGGGGCAGACACAGGGAACGUCCGCCGCUGCCUUGCCCACGGGAUGUUCGUCAACGCUGCGGAGCUACAACCUGAUGGCAGCUACUUAGCUCUGGACACCCAUCAGCCUGUGGCCAUCCACCCUUCCUCUGUCCUUUUCCAGGCCAAGCCUGCAUACGUGGUCUUCAAUGAGCUGCUGCACACCUCCCGCUGCUACAUGAGAGACCUCUGUUUGGUGGAUGCCGACUGGCUGCUGGAUGCAGCACCGCAGUACUUUGGCCGCAAACUCCACCCUGCCAAGAGCUAACCAACAGAGAAGCAGGACUCUCUCCUCCCAGUGACAAUAAUACUGGAAAAAUGUUUUCUCCUUACAAAACUGAAUUUGGUUAAAGACACUUGUUACA